AUGUAUAAUAAAAAUAUCUUUAAAAUAUACAUUACAUUGAUUACGUUAGUCGUAUCUAUUACAACUACCGAUGCCGCUUUAGCAAAUUCAACAGGGUUGAACUCAAGCUUCCCACAAACUUUUCCUCCACCUGAUUUACCACCGCCAAUAGUUCCUGCUUGGAGUGCUUUGGUUGAUAAAUCGAAAUAUCCCAAAGUCCCACCUAAUCCAGGUGGAUACCAAUGUGCUCCAGGCCCUGACACUUAUUAUUGGGGUUUAACAUAUGAUGAUGGCCCUUCGGAAAAUACACCAGGAGUUCUAGAUGCUCUAGCACAAAGAAAUCAAAAGGCCACAUUUUUCGUUAUUGGUUCUCGUGUUUUUCAAAAUCCCGACAUUCUAGCACGAAUCGUAAAAGAAGGUCAUCAAAUUGGUGUACAUACAUGGUCGCAUACUCCAUUAACUACACAAACUGAUGAACAAAUUAUUGCGGAAAUGAAAUGGACAGAAUUAGCUAUUCAAAAGGCCGUGAAUUUGACACCGUUAUAUAUGCGUCCUCCAACAGGCGAUAUCGAUGAUAGAGUUAGAGGAAUUGUGCAACAAUUAGGUUAUAAAGUUGCUCUUUGGAAUCAUGAUACCUUUGAUUGGAAAUCAUUUUCUGACCCAAAAUAUGACUUAAACUGGAUUCCUGGUAAUUUCACUUUAUGGGCUACCAAUAAGACAGCAACUACUGGAGUCAUAUCUCUCGAACAUGAUUUAUAUAACACUUCAGCAUCUAAAGCACCAGCUGCUAUGGAUAUUGUAAAGGCCAAUGGCUUUACCGCCUUACAAAUUGCAAACUGUGUUCCAAAUGCGCCAGCCUAUGUAGAAAAUGUUGUUUUACCUAAUCCUGCAUCAACAUCAUCACCAUCAGGUACAUCAGGUUCAUCAGGUACAUCAGGUCCUGGUAGUUUAGCCAAACCAUCAGCAACAGAGACACGAUAUGUCAUUAAUGUUUUGGCAAUAUUUUCAUCAAUUAGUUCAAAAACGGGUUUAUUGUUUCUUAAUUUGGUAGCUUUGGUUUUUGUUCAAAGCCCUGGUUUAGGAGAGAGACCCUUAAAGCAAGCAAAUCGUUAG